CUCCGGUUACCCUCCGCCUAGGGGAAGGGUGGGGGAAGUGGAAGCGCGCGCUCGCGAGCUGCGUGCUCGCGUACGUCGCCGGGGUUCGGCUGCGUCCGUCCCGCCGCCCGUCCGUUGCCGCCGCCGCCGCCGCUGCCGCCGCGCUCUCGCUUUGCCCGCCGCCGCCUGAGGGGGGCUGGGGCCGGGGCCAGCCAACGCUGCCGUUGCCGGGAUGCCGCGGGUGUACAUCGGCCGCCUGAGCUACCAGGCCCGGGAGCGCGAUGUGGAGCGCUUCUUUAAGGGCUACGGGAAGAUUCUGGAGGUGGAUCUGAAGAACGGAUAUGGUUUUGUGGAGUUUGAUGAUCUGCGUGAUGCAGAUGAUGCUGUUUAUGAACUGAACGGCAAAGACCUUUGUGGUGAGCGAGUAAUUGUUGAGCAUGCCCGCGGCCCACGGCGAGAUGGCAGUUACGGUUCUGGACGCAGUGGAUAUGGUUAUAGAAGAAGUGGCCGAGAUAAAUAUGGCCCUCCUACUCGCACAGAGUACAGACUUAUUGUGGAGAAUUUGUCAAGUCGGUGCAGCUGGCAAGACCUAAAGGAUUAUAUGCGUCAGGCGGGAGAAGUGACUUAUGCAGAUGCUCACAAGGGACGCAAAAAUGAAGGGGUGAUUGAAUUUGUAUCUUAUUCUGAUAUGAAAAGAGCUUUGGAGAAGUUGGAUGGAACUGAAGUCAAUGGCAGAAAAAUCAGAUUAGUUGAAGAUAAGCCAGGUUCCAGACGACGCCGGUCCUACUCCAGAAGCCGGAGUCAUUCAAGGUCUCGCUCUCGAAGCAGACAUUCCCGUAAGAGCAGAAGCCGAAGUGGGAGCAGCAAAAGCAGUCAUUCUAAGAGUAGAUCCCGGUCCAGGUCGGGCUCCCGCUCCCGGAGCAAGAGCCGGAGCCGGAGCCAGAGUCGGAGCCGGAGCAAGAAGGAGAAAAGCAGGAGCCCCAGCAAAGACAAGAGCCGCAGCCGUAGCCGUAGCGCUGGCAAGAGCCGCAGCAAGAGCAAAGACCAAGCUGAAGAGAAGAUCCAAAACAAUGACAAUGCCGGGAAACCCAAGAGCCGGAGUCCUAGCCGGCAUAAAAGUAAGAGCAAAAGUCGGAGCAGGAGUCAGGAGAGGAGAGUGGAGGAGGAGAAGCGAGGGAGCGUGAGCAGGGGCAGGAGCCAGGAGAAGAGCCUCCGCCAGAGUCGGAGCCGGAGCCGGAGCAAAGGGGGCAGCAGGAGCCGGAGCAGGAGCCGCAGCAAGAGCAAGGACAAGAGGAAGGGCAGGAAGAGAAGCAGGGAGGAAAGCCGUAGUCGCAGCCGCAGCCGCAGCAAGAGUGAGAGGAGCAGAAAGCGAGGCAGCAAGCGAGACAGCAAGGCGGGCAGCAGCAAGAAGAAGAAGAAGGAAGACACUGACCGCUCCCAGUCCAGAUCUCCAUCCCGCUCCAUGUCAAAGGAGCGGGAACAUGCCAAGUCUGAAUCCAGCCAGAGGGAAGGUCGAGGGGAGAGUGAGAAUGCUGGCACCAAUCAGGAGACCCGGUCCAGGUCGAGAUCCAAUUCCAAAUCGAAACCAAACCUUCCAUCAGAAUCACGCUCCAGAUCAAAGUCAGCUUCGAAAACCCGAUCUCGGUCCAAGUCUAGAUCCAGGUCUGCUUCCAGAUCACCCUCCCGAUCUAGAUCUAGGUCCCACUCAAGGUCCUAACUGGCUACGGCCACAGCUGGAACUACCCGAGAAAUCUUUUGUACAUGUUUGGUAGCCGUAGCACAAGUGAUUGGAGUAGAACAUGUCACUGCUGUACAUUUUUAACUCCCCUAAUGGUGUGUCUAUAAUUGUUAAAUCUAAGUGCUUCCUCUCAGUAAAGCCUCCUGGCGCCAGGCCUUCCUGCUCGACUGAAAAAAAUUUUCUCUUUGAAAAUUCCCUUUUACUCAUGGCCCACGGUAGAAGAUCCAAAACGCCUUGGCUUUCAGGCCUGGCCUUUCCUACAGGGAGCUCAGUAACCUGGACGGCUCUAAGGCUGGAAUGACCACGUAGGUAGGUAUGGUGAGUUCAACCAUUUUUGCUCUUGAAUUGAUGCCCUUCGAUGUAUGCCAUUUAGUGAAAGUGCUAAGUCUUAAGUUUCCUACCACUUUGGUUUCAUAUUUUUGGACUUAACAAAGUUGUGAAUAGCACAGUCGAGGAAAAUUGAUACCUGCAGUAACCCAUAGGAAAUAAACUGUAGAGUUCCAUAUUCUGGUAUUGUGAUUAUAUUGUUUUAUAUUAAAAAAGAAAAGAAAAGAAUUUUUUUUAAUUUUAUUUUUCCCCGUCUUGCAAAGUAUAGUGACCCCUGUUUCCAUUAAAUUUGAAUAAAGACUAUUUUUGCUUGACAAAA